GGCGGGGGGGGGCAUGGAGGAGAGACGGGGGGGAGGCUGGAGAGACGUCUGGGAGGAAGAGGAGGAGGAAGACUUCAGGAAGUGUCGAAUCGCUGUCGUCACGUCACGAUUUCACAACCACCGAAACCUGCAGCUGUGCUUCAUCAACAACAGCGACAGCGAAGACGAGGAGGAAGGAAGCAACAAAAACAAGAAGGUUUCCAUGGGAACGGGGCGCAACGGUUGCCAUGCCGCCGGGCUAAAACAGGAAGUGGCCACCGCUCUGAGGACGCUGAGAGACAAACUGCUGGCUGAGCAGAGGGAGAGUGAGUUGCAGCGUCUGGCCGGCAGCUGUGUGGCGGAGCGGAAACAUCUGGAGCGCUGGGAGCUGCUGGAGAGAUCACUGCAGCAGCUCAGCAGCCUGAGAGCAUCACUUCAACAGGAAGUACACGCUCUGAGCUCCGAGCUGGUGACCCACCUGUUGGUCCGAGACCAGCUGAGGACAAAACAGGACGCCAUGCUGCUGGACGUCCAGGACCUGACCUAAGACCAGGACCAGACCUAUAACACCAGGACCAGACCUAUAACACCAGGACCAGACCUACACCAGGACCAGACCUAACACCAGGACCAGACCUACACUAGGACCAGACCUACCACCAGGACCAGACCUAUAACACCAGGACCAGACCUACACUAGGACCAGACCUACCACCAGGACCAGACCUACACUAGGACCAGAC